UAUAGGGUCAUAUGUGUGGUUAGAAUAUCAAAUCACAUUGGACCUAAGUUGGUUAAUUUAAGGCUUUCCAAAACUUUCAUUUCAUAUAAUUUCCUGUGAUUUAUAGAGAGAGAGAGAGAGAGAGAGAGAGAUGCAUUCAGCAAAGGAGAAGGUACGUAACAUGGCCAGUGCUGCCGAGGAGCAUGUUGACAUCUACAAAGCCAAAGUUGAAGAGAAGGUAGAGAAAGCAGCAGCAAGAACAAAGGAAGAGAAAGACAUAGCACAGGAGCUAAGGAAAGCCAAGGAAGCCGAAGCCAAGAUGAAGCUGCAUGAAGCCAAGGCUGAGCACGCCGGGGAUAAAUUACACGCCAAGCAUUCCCACCACCACCUUUGCGGCGACCAUAACCCGACGAUUGUCGGAGCUCAUGGCCGCCACCACCAUCCUGUCGGAACCACGGCAGUUCCGAUGGCGGGGACCACAAAUCCAACGUACCCUCUGGGAGGACACGCUCCCGGACAUCAUAAUAAGUACAUGUAGGUUUUUGUGUUAGAGAGAGACUGAGUGAACACAAAUGUUGGUUUGUUUGUGAUUUGUGAGUUUGUUUGUUCCAUGUUUUUAAGAGCAAAUGUCUGUUUUGUUGAAUGGAUGAUGUUAUUAUAAUCUGAUUAGAGCAGGGUUUAUACUGAUGGGUA